UCAUCAUCAUCAGUCUUCACGUUGUAGUGCGGACUGCGCAUGCGCCCGGCAUUGGAAUUACCGCACUGGCAAGAAUAAGUUGUAGCUCGUCUUGUCUUCUCUAUAAGGACGCUGAGGGGGAAAAAAAAAAAAAAAAAAAAAAAAAAAAAACGCCAUCAAAAGACGCGAGCAUGGCGGUGUUAAAAAGAAGAAAAUGGUGGUUUUGUGUCGGGGUGUUCCCCCUCGUAGUGGCCGUGGUGUGCGCACAAAGUGUCGGUGUGAAUGAUCCCAGCAAUAUGCCUUUGGUUAAAGAAACGGUGGAUAGGCUGCUGAACGGUUAUGAUAUACGACUGAGGCCAGAUUUCGGAGGAGCACCAGUGGGAGUGGGCAUGAAUAUAGACAUCGCCAGCAUAGACAUGGUGUCAGAAGUCAAUAUGGACUACACACUGACGAUGUACUUCCAGCAGGCCUGGCGAGAUAAGCGCUUGUCCUAUUCAGAGAUUCCCCUCAACCUGACCUUAGAUAACCGCGUGGCCGACCAGCUGUGGGUGCCUGACACCUACUUCCUCAACGACAAGAAGUCUUUCGUCCACGGUGUCACUGUGAAAAACAGAAUGAUCCGACUGCACCCGGAUGGUACUGUGCUCUAUGGGCUCAGGAUCACCACUACUGCUGCUUGUAUGAUGGACCUCAGAAGGUAUCCACUGGAUGAGCAAAACUGCACAUUGGAGAUUGAGAGUUAUGGUUACACAACAGACGACAUUGAGUUCUACUGGCGAGGAGGCAACAAUGCUGUGACAGGUGUGGACAAGAUUGAGUUGCCACAGUUCUCCAUUGUCGAUCACAAGCUCAUCUCCAAGAACGUCGUCUUCUCGACAGGAGCUUACCCACGCCUUUCCUUAAGUUUUAAGCUUAAGAGAAACAUUGGAUACUUCAUCCUGCAAACAUACAUGCCUUCAAUCCUUAUCACAAUUCUCUCCUGGGUCUCCUUUUGGAUCAACUAUGACGCGUCUGCUGCCAGAGUGGCUCUAGGUAUUACCACGGUGCUGACCAUGACUACCAUCAACACCCAUCUGAGAGAAACCCUCCCCAAAAUCCCCUAUGUCAAAGCUAUUGACAUGUACCUCAUGGGUUGCUUCGUCUUUGUCUUUUUGGCCCUACUGGAGUACGCGCUUGUCAACUACAUCUUCUUUGGACGGGGCCCUCAGCGUCAGAAGAGGGCCGCUGAGAAGAUGGCUACAGCCAACAAUGAAAAGAUGAGAAUGGAUCCAAACAAGUGGCUGGUGGGCAAUGUCGUUGGGCGAGAUGACACCUUGUAUGCGAGGAUGAAACAAAGGGAUCUGGAUGGUCAUGACUCAAUGUGGGAACCAAUCUUUAUGGACGAUGCUACCAUUGGACUCAGCGACCAAAAGAAUAAGCAGAUGGACCCACAUGAAAACAUCUUGCUGAGUACUUUAGAUAUCAAGAACGACAUGGGAAUUUCAGAGUUGGCUUUGGGUCUCAAUGACCCGCGGAACACCAUGCUAACAUACGACAGCUCCACCCUGCAGUAUCGCAAAGCAGGGCUGGCCCGCCACAACUUUGGCCGAAACACGUUGGAGCGCCACAUGACUCAGAAGAAGAGUCGACUAAGGAGGCGCACCUCGCAGCUCAAGAUUAACAUUCCAGACUUGACUGAUGUAAACUCCAUAGACAAGUGGUCGCGGAUGAUCUUCCCAACUGUCUUCUCCUUUUUCAACAUUGUUUACUGGCUUUAUUACGUCAACUAGGACACCAAACUAAAAAAAAAAAAAAAAUGUUGCUAAUUUAUUCUUUGUAUUUUAUUCGUGUUAUUUUUGUGUCUCGCAACAUUGAUCGACAAACAACACCCAGGACUGCAUUCAUCAUAUCUUUUAAUACCACUUUUGCUGACUUACCAUACACACACACACAAAAAAAAAACUUAGAGAAACAUAAAAGGUGCCUGUUCUAAAAAAAUAUUUUUCUUUAAUUACACAUUUUGUGAUUUAUGUUUUUCGUAUGCUGUACAUAUAUAUUUUUUGUAUUAUUUGCAGUACAGUCAGUUAUUGCCAAAAGUUAUAUUCAAAAGGAAAUGUUAAAUUUAAUUUAGUUGUUUAACUGUUGUGUAAUUUAAAACUGAUGAAACAGGUAUCAGGUCAUCAGACGUGCAAAAUUAUUAUUUUACUUGGCAUUAUUUAAAAAAAUAUUUUCUAUUGAUCUAUACUGAAAAAAACACACAUACCGUUUAUAUUAUUCUGAUCAAAUUUGCUGGAAUCUCUUUAUUUUCCAAAAGAUAAUCAAGAGAAGACCUUUAAUUUCCAUUAACUAGUAGUGCUGUGCAAAUUGUGUCAAAUUAAUGUUUCUAUAAUGUCACAUAACCUCAUAUUAUGACUACUACUAUGUGAAGAGAGUAGUUUUGCACACACAUGUGCAUCAAAGCACAAAUAAUAUCAAAUUAGUAGUUGUUUUUUUAAACACAGACGAUUUUUACUCAUUGUGCUCAUAAGUCUGUGGUUACUUCCCCAGUCUGAUCAUUAACAGUAAGAAAACAAUUUAAUUCUAUACUGUAAUUAAAAUACAAUAGUUAUUUGUACUUUUAAUUAUUUGUUUUUUUUAAGUUACUUAGAAAAGGGAUUUUAUGAAAUAUUUUGCACACAUCUUAAAAGCCAUAAAGGCUGCACCAUUGUUGUAAUGGUGCUUGUAAAGGUUAGAAAAUGUACUGAUUUACAUUACAUCCAGUAUAACACUAUUUGCAUACGAUUACUAGAUUUUUUUUUAAAUUGUACAAAAGAAGCAAGGUUUUUUAAUAUCUUCCCAAAAUCAUAUUUUGGAUGUACUAAAAACUUUUGACUUAGUAUAUGGUAUGGCUUAAUGGGAUUUAAAGGUAAGCAUUUAGUAUUUCAGGUGUCUACAAAAACAGCCACAGUGCACUGCAUGCCUAUAAAUGACUAAUUUGUUAAAUUACUAAUUUCCAUCUGAAUAUUACUUGUAGUUAUCGUUUUAUUUUUCUGGAGAGAACAUUCUGGGACCGAGGUUAAUAACUCUGCUGAUAGAAAUCAAUGGAUAUUUUCAAAUGACCCUUGAAGCUGGUGUUUACAUAUCAAUCAAUGGGGAUAUACAUCCUUAACCUGUGCUAUUCAAGUCACUGACAUUUGGCAAGUGAUAAUUUAACUGCUUUUGUCGAUCAUUUAAAAUUACAAAAUAAAACAAAAAAACAUUUAAAACAGGCCUUUCUGGUAAAUGUGUUGAUUUUGUAGAUCAUAUAUUGAGUUGUGUUAAGAAGUAAAUACCAUAAUCCUAAAUGUUUUAUGUAGGGGAGGUACAAUUUAAAGCAAAUUUUGAGAGCCAUCAAUUCCAGUAUGUAAAUAUCAAACAUACAUGUAACGUUACUAAUCAGUUGAAUCAUAUAACCGCUGUAAAUAAACACACAUACAGUAAGCUUUCUACAGAAUUGAACAUAAGAUUUUCACUAACAUUUAUACUGUGACAUAAAUAGAAUGCCUAGUCAAAUGCUAAACAAUGUAUAUAGUAUAUUUUGAAUUGUCACAUGUUUGCAUUUUUUUUCUGUUGCUUUGUUUGUUAAACAAUUUUGGGUGUUUUUUGGUUGUUUGGUUGUUUUGUUGCCAAAAUCUAACAUGUAAUCAUGAAUGUAGAAGCUGUUUCUUUGCAGUAAUGUGGCAGUAAACAUAGAACAAUUAGUUUUAUCAAGGAUCACCGAAAUGCAGCUUAAUUUACACCCUUUUCAAUUAUUUGCAAAUGGGUGAUGAGAUGGAGUAGCCCGAAAUUCCAAUCAUCUCAGGUCAGCACAAUGUACACUACUAACAAUAUUAUUAUCCAUCCAUCCAUCCAUUUUCUGAGCUACUUCUCCUCACAAGGGUCGCGGGCGUGCUGGAGGCUAUCCCAGCUGUCAUCGGGCAGGAGGCGGGGCACACCCUGAACUGGUUGCCAGCCAAUCGCAGGGCACAUACAAACAAACAACCAGUCGCACUCACAUUCACACCUACAGGCAAUUUAGAGUCUCCAAUUAAUGCAUGUUUUUGGGGUGUGGGAGGAAACCGGAGUGCCCGGAGAAAACCCACGCAGGGACGGGGAGAACAUGCAAACUCCACACAGGUGGGGCUGGGGAUUGAACCCGGGUCCUCAGAACUGUGAGGGUGACGCUCUAACCAGUCGUCCACCGUGCCGCCACAAUAUUACUAUUUCACAUAAAAUGCCACAAAAAGACAACUUGUUUCAGAUGUCUAGGAGAUUAUUGUUUUUUUUAAACUUUGUUUAAAAGUGUUUUGCUAUACACAGUAGCUAUUCAUGGAUUAAAUGUUUGACAUUAGAAAUCCAUCUCACGUGCUAUUGACAAACUAUAAAUAUAUCUUAAACAUGACUAACAAUUAUUUACAAAUAUUAGAGCCACACUGGAAAGAAAAUGCUCCUUGGAUAUAUUCACAUUUUGAGCUGCAUUUUCGAGGAAAUCUUUUUUUUUGGGGGGGGGAUGAUUUAAAAACUAGUAAUCUUAUAAAAAUAACAAACAAACAAUGAAAUGUUUUGACACACUGAGACCAUGUUCAAUACGAACAGUUUAAUGUGAUGGUUGCAGACCUUUGUCUGUUCCUACUAUGAACUAACAAAUUGUAAUGAUGUUACAUGAUUGGCUUUAUGGCUCUGUAGUGAAAGAUAGCAGCUGCUGGCUUCUAUUGAAUUUAGGCUUGAGAGGGACUUUUUCACUCCACAAAAAAUGAUGAAUAUUCUUGUAAGAUUACAAUGUUCUUCUUUAAAAAGAAAAUUGCUUUUCUUUGGAAAAGUACAACUUUUUCAGAAUUUUGUAACCCUCAUAAUUGUAUGUUAAUUUUAUUUUCAAUGUGGCCCUAACACUUCUUUGUAAUUUUUAGUGUAUGAAGGAUAACAAGGUGUAUUUACAGUGACAGUGUGCCAUGGAUGUGUAUUGGCAACAGUCAGUUUUUUGUCUUUUUUUUUUUUCUUUUUUUUUUAAGAGUACACUGGCAUGUAAGGUCUCAUUCCUAAGUUCUACACUUUAAAGUCUUUUUACUUCACACCAUUUUUGUUUCAUAUAUUUUUAUACUUGUGUAAAAAAAAUAAAAAAUAAAAAUAGCGCAAAGACUGCUCUUUGGCAAAACCUUGUAAAUCCAAAUUUCACAUAUUUCUACUGUACGAAAUGAAUAUACUGUAUAUUGUCUUCUAGGGCUCUGAAAGCUGAACAACAUGUAUGCUCUUGAAAGACUUUCAGAUACCCUUGUAUAAAGUUCUGAGAUUAUUUGUGGUUGUGAAUAGAUUGCAAAUGGCUCUUGAGGUUUGUGAAAAUUUUUUGGAAUCGUCUCUGGGGGAGAAUGGACAUACUGACAUGCUAAAAUCUUAAAUGACUCAUCAUGGUGACAGUGUACUUUUGCACACACUCACAGAAGAAGCCUUAGACUCGUGCUGCCCUGGACUUUUAAUCCGAGCGGCGUCAAUCCUUCUUACCUUCUCAACACCGUCCACCUCGACAAAUCUUUGUAUGUGCCCCUCACAAGAACAUUCCCAGGAACUCUGAGCUGUAACCCUCUCAAAGAUAUGCCCUGUAAAAGCCAAUGUCUGUCUUUACAAUAGAAACCCAUAGAAAACAUACUGUACCUUCAUCAAUAAAUAUUGUAUACAGUUCCA